AUGGACAGCGACCCCCCUCUCCCCCCACCCCUCCGCAUCCGGCACCGCUCCCCAACCUCAAGCACGUCAACCACCACAACCAACAACAACAGCGGCACCAGCAGCAGCAAACCUCGCGCGCACCGUUCCUCCCUCGCAAAAACCUACCGCCUCUCCCCGCGCUUCGACGACCAAUCAAGCCAACCCUCCAGCGACCCCGCGCUUUUCUCCAGCGACGAUAUCCCGGCUUCGGGGCUAGAGAAUUACCAUGCGCCUGCGUCGGGAUCGGGAUCGGGGACUGGGUCGCGGAAGAGAAGGUAUCGCGGGACGUGGUGGGGGGAGGUUGCGGCUCCUGAUGUGCGUGAGGUGGUGGAGGCGCAGGGAUAUGGAUACGGAUAUGGAAACGCGCAUGGGAGGAAGAUGAAGCGGAAGAGGGCGGAGUUCAAGGAUAAGAGGCUAGUGGAUAGUGGUGUGUGGAUGGGGAGUGAUGAGUCCGGAUCGGUUUUUGCGAGUGAAGGGGAUAGGUGGGGGGAGGAGUUGCUCGGGGGUUCAGUGGAGGAAGAUGUGCGACAGGGAGAAGGUGAUAAUGUUCAUGUCACUGGGAAUGGGAAUGGCAGUGGAAUGGUGUCUGCGGGCACUCGCAUGGGGUUCGCGAAAAAGGUCGAGGAGGAGUCGAAAGAGCAUCGGGUUGCGCGGGCAAUUGUGAAUGAUUGCUUGGAGAGGGGGGAGGAUAGUAUUGACCUUAGCAAUGGCAACCUCCGCGGCCUCCCAUUGGGCCUCCUCCGGCCACUCCAGCACCUCACCAAGCUGCCCCCGAUCAAAGAAGCCCCAAUCACAGAAGAGGUCUACAGCUCGCUGCAGCCCUUCCUCCGACUCUUCCUAGCCGGCAACGGACUCCUAUGCCUGACAAGCGAGCUCUUCGAGCUCGACGCGCUGCGCGUGCUCAGUCUGCGCAAUAAUAAACUCACCGAAGUUCCACCGGCUAUUCGCAGACUCACCAAACUCCAGGAACUCAACCUCUCUGUGAACCGCUUGCAGUUCCUUCCCUGGGAGCUCCUUUGGCUGAUAAAGAAGGGAGAUCUGAAGCAGCUUACUGUGCGACCUAACCCGCUCCUCCAGAUCGAGGAGUCGCAGAUCUCGCAGUGGCAUCUGCCCACAUGGACAGAAACGGAAACAGAGACGCAAGACGUAAUGCGAAGCUGUGAAUACACCGGCCCACCACCAGAAGAAGCCUGGGCACCUAUCCACGUCGCAACAGGCCCAAUCACCCUCUACGAUAUGGAAGGCUUCCCCCUCCCAGAUACCCUUUCAGGCCCCAACCCUAACUCGCACUCCCACUCCUUAUCCACAGCGCAAACACAACCACAACCCCCUUCCCGCGUCCCCUCCCUCCGCGAAGUCGCCCUCCUAACAUUCAGCAAAUCCACCUCCCCCUCCGACACAGACCUCAUCCCCGAAGACGACACACCAGGUUUUCCCAACCUGAUGCUCCGUCUCCUACGGCUAGCGCGCAACGUGCGCAAUGCAGGCGGGCGAUCGUGCUCCAUCUGUCACCGGAGCUUCGUGAUUGCGCGCGCCGAGUGGAUUGAGUGGUGGGAUUGUAGCACAUAUGAGAAUGGGUUGAAGGGGGCGAGGGCGUCUGGGGAGAGGCUCAGGCCGCUGCCAUUUCGGAGGCUGGGGUGUAGUUCGGGGUGUGUUCCGGCCUUUGAGUGA